UGUGGUAAGUCGCCGCCGCGGCGGAAAAGCUCGCCAGAUGAGAUUUGAUCGCCGUUCGCGUCGGACGUGUGACGAUCGUUGGCGCGCGUACCUCGUGGUCUUUAAGCCGUCCAGUGUGCGUUAGAGACGAUCUGUGAGUGAUUUUUUUUUCUUCUUCGUCUGUUGAAUACUGCCGCUAAUUGGUGCUUCGUGUCUCUCUGUCUGGCUUACAAUAAAAAGAGAGAGUGUGUGUGUGUGUGCGUGAGUCAUCGAGUGUCUGUGUGUGUGUGAGUGCGUGUGCUCAGUUUUCCUUUACAUGUGUGUAGAUCCUUAACUGAACCGUCUGUAAUUUUCUGCUCCAAUGCACCACGUGUCUUAAGGGGUGGAUUGUUUCCUCCCUACUCCUCCUUCUUCCGUAUGCUGCCGCUGCCCCUCGUGCCACGACGAAAGAAAGAGAAACGAGAAAGAAAGCAUUAGAACGGAGCGAAAGCGGCCACACGACACGAUACACGCCAGUUAAGCGAUCCGGCCCAGCAUCGAUGUAAAAAAAAAGGAAAGAAACAAAAAAGGACCACAAAAGCGGAGGAACACUGUAGCGAUUGAACUUUUUUUUUUUACCCGAAAGUGAGCUCAUCCACAAUGGAAGAAAUGACAAUCGUGUGUCCCAACGGUAGCCUGUGAAAUAAUUAAUCAGUGUGAGUGGCGGUGGAGGUGUGAGAAAAGCUUCAGGUGCGUCGAGUGGCCGGCGAGUGCGUGAGAAAGGGGAAAUUAGUGGCCCAGGUGUGUGGCCUGAGUGAUUGUGUGUGUGUGACCGCUCAGGGUCCUCCGUCCAGUCGGGUAGUGCAAUCGAUCGAAUGAUCGAACCCGUGAACCAGUGAUUCGUAAUCGUGGAUCGUUACAACAGUGUUUGAAGUGUGCGUGUGUGAACUAGAAAUAUUCUCCCAUUUUCCCUCUCAAUUCCUUCAAUGCUAGUGCGAAGAAGCCUCAAUAGCAGUGAUUAUUCAAACCGUGUAAAGUCGUGACAAAGUGUGCAUUGGUUGGUGGUGCAAGGCGCCGAGCUUAAAAUGGUUCGAAAGAAGACGUCCAAAAUGGACACAGCCAACGGUCGACUGGUGCUACUAGCAGCAGCAGUAUGUUUGAUGUGCUGCUGGCCAGCCCUGGCACAGGAAGCGGAAGCUCCAACCACGACGCCAGCAGGCAGCGAGGAGCUCGCCCCGGCUGCUACCAGCACGAUCGCCAACACGAUAGAGCCCUCCGAACCGACGACGGCCGGAUCGCCGCUCGAGGUACUGCCACUGGCGACGAACCCGCCGACUGCCGCUGGUGGCGAAUCCAUCGCGACCGAUCAGCCGGCACAAGCGGAUGGCACAACAACCACGCAGCAAGCGGCCCUCGACACGUCAGCCCCGUCUACCGAAGGUACAACAGCGCAGCCGGACAACAGCGCAGCAUCGCCCGAGGUCAAGACCGUGCAGCAAGACCCGGAUAGCACCACCACCACAACAACGACAACAAUCGCACCCACGACGGUGUCCGAUGUUUCAGCACCAGCACCAGCCGCCCCGGAACCGGUUAUUCUGCACGUGAAAUCGCCCGAGGAGGAGGCGAACGAUCGGGCGGGCGACCGGCCGCCCUCGAUACUGAACCACUUCCUGCCGAGCGGCGAAAGCUCCUCCGAGGAGCUGCUCAAGAUGAGCGAUGUCGGCCGUGCGUCGGCGGAGGUGCGCGGCCGGGCGAUCAGCUUCGGGCCGGCCGAACCGAUCAAUUUCGUUACCGCACCGAAUCUGGUCACCACGGUGCCGCCGCCGGGACGGUCCCCGGGAGCCGACCAGAGCACGAAACCGCCCGCGUUCGAUGACCUCAGCGAUGUGAGCAUGGAGUCGACGGAUGGGACGGAACCGGGGCCAGGGCCGGCCGACGGCAAGUCGAUGGAAAUGGCGAUGAUGACACCGGGAGAGUGUAUAUUCAAUGGCAUCGAGUACAAGACGAACGCCACCGUGGACAAGGAUUGUGACGAGCGGUGCCACUGCGAGGAGGACGGCAAAUGGCGCUGCGAACCGCGCUGCGGCCGGCCAUUCAUCAAGCGGGGCAAGACGGCGCUCGCCGCCGGCUGCUACGAGAAUCCGUCCAAGACGGACGACUGCUGCGCCACGCUGAUCUGCCCGUCCGAGCGGCUCACCGAUGGACGUGUCGAACCAACGCCCGUGUCGGAGGAACCGGCCACAACCAUCCCCACCACCACCACGGCUCGGGCGAUCGUGACGAGCUGCAUCUACAAGAACCGUUCGUACGGCAUCAACGAGCGGAUGGAGGUGGGCUGCGAGCAGAUCUGCACCUGCACCAGCGACGGCGAGAUGGAGUGUGCGGCCCGGUGCGCCCCGCUCAAUGCGACCCGCUCGGAGCAGUGCGUGGUGCUGCCGGAUCCGCACGAUCCGUGCUGCAAGCGCGAGUUCUGCGACGUCACGCUGGACGAUCACGAGCAGAACAGCGGCGUCAUGAUGAUGAUGGCACCGGCCUCCUCCUCCUCCUCGCCGUCCACGACGGCCGCCGGUCCGGCCGAGCAGGCCGACACCGCGGCGCAACCGGCGGGCUGCGAGUUCAAGGGACGCCCGUACCGGCUGCACGACCAGUUCCACGACGAAUGUAACGCGCUCUGCCUGUGCACCGAGGCCGGCGUCCACUGUGCCAAGAUCGAGUGCCCGUCCGAGUUCGGGCUGGACGUGCUCGAUCCGCACUGCCUCAAGUGGGGCCCGGAACCGGCCACCUUCCGCGCGAUCGCACCCCGCUGCUGCCCGGAGCGGAUGCGCUGCAUCGACAACGGGACGUGCGAGUACAAGGGCCAGUUCUUCGACAACUGGUCGGACAUACCGAGCAAUCUGACGGGGUGCGAGCAGCACUGCUACUGCGACACGGGUAUCGUCGAGUGCCGGCCGGCCUGCCCGCCCGUACCGGCCGCCCCACCCUCCCAUCUGCCCUGUGGCUCGCGGAACGCCCGGCUGAUGCCGAUCCCGGGCGAAGAGUGCUGCAAGCACUGGGCCUGCACCCCGAACGCGGACAAUAAUGGCAUCGCAAGCGGGAACGACGUGCUGAAGCCAUUGCUGAUGCCGGGAACGAUCAUCAAUCAGUUCCUGCCGACGAAACCGCCCAAGGACAAGGAGCAGCCGGCGGCCGCACCGUUCUACCCGACGCUCGACGGCAAACCGCCCAAGGUGCCGCAGGAGAAACCGCACAAAAAGUACACCAAAGAGGACGGCCCCACCACCACCACCACCACGUCCGGCAAGAAGGACCACUUUAACAACAUCUUUGCCGGCACGCGCCCGGUCGACGAGCCGGCGGACGACGGGAAGUACGAUUACGGCAGCUACGAGGAGGGCAUGAAGCCGGCCACGCUCGGCGUACAGCGGCCCGGGCCGCCCGGCUACUACGGCCCCGAGCUAAAGCCCCACUACGGCGGUGAGUUUAACCCGUACCUGCACCCUGCACUGGCCGGCGCCGGUGCCAACGUACCGCAGCCGGGCGGACAACCAGCCCAGGGCUCCCAGCUGGACAAGCAGCUGCUAGGCGUGCUCGGCCCGAACGGUCCCGGCAGCCUUCCGCCGAACAUACGCAUCGAGCAGCUGCUGCAGCACAUACACUCGCAAGAUCCGAACCAGCUGGCGGCACCGGCCGGGCAUGGUCUGCUGCACGGCCAGAACGGGCCGCCGUACCAGCCACAGCUUCCGGCACCGCCCGCCACCACGGGCAACGGCAUCAACUACAACCAGUACGGUACGGAUCCGCACGCACCACCGCACGUGGAGCUUGGCAUUGCACCGCACGAACACUCACCACCAUCAUUACCACCAUCGGCACCGGCACCAGGUCCGGGUGGACACGCCGGUGGGUUAGCAUUCUCCGCGCUGCAGGUCGAUCUGAAGGUGCUCGCGCUGGACGCGAUCGAUCCCAACACGGUGCGCGUCAUCUUUCUCGUGCCGCAGGUGUACGUCGGGUUGCACGGGCGGGUCGAGCUGCGGUACACGCGCACCCGCAACAACGACACCAGCACCUGGCAGUCGCAGGUGUUCGCCCCGCCGGACGAUCUCAUUGCGACGCCCCAGCUCGAGUUCGAGCUGCCCGGCCUGAACGCCAACACGGAGUAUCGCGUCAAGAUCACGCUCAUCCUGCGCGACGUCAACUCGCAACCGUCUAGUCAGGUGUACACGGUGCGGACACCGUCGGAUCGUGUCAUUACACCACCGUCGAUCGGUAUCGGUACCGGGCACUUCCCGCACAUAAGCCAUCCGACCAACUUCCUGAAGGAGAUCAUACAGGAUCCGGAGCUGCGGGCGGCGGAGGUGAACUCGACCUGGGCGAAGAUCGCCUGGCGCAAGCUGGACGACGAAGAGCUGGACUACGUGGACGGGAUACAGCUGCGGUACCGGGAGAUCGACAGUAUCGUGUACCACGCGACGCCGCUCAUCCAUCGGGCGCUGAGCGAGUACACGGUGGAGGGUUUGCAGCCGCAGACGCGGUACGAGGUGGGCAUCUUCUUCAUUCCCUUCCCGGGGCAUGGGGAGGAGGUGCGGGCCGGAGACAUGCUGCCGAUCACGACGGCCGAGCGGGUGGACGUGUACGGGUUCGAGGUGGUGGUGAAUGCGAGCAAGAUAAAGGCGACCAGCGUGGAGGUCAGCUGGUCCGGUGUGCCCUACCCGGAGGACAAGUACAUCAACAUCUACCGGGCGAUCUACCAGAGUGACAGUGGGAAGGAAGAUUCAAGUGUAUUUAAGGUCGCCAAGCACGACUCCACGACGGGGACGCUUAUUGCGGACCUGAAGCCGGGCACCCGGUAUCGGCUGUGGCUUGAGAUGUACCUCACGAACGGUAGCAUUAAGAAGAGCAACGUAGUCAACUUCAUCACCAAACCCGGCGGUCCUGCCGUGCCCGGAAAGACAGAUAAACUGGCAGCUGCCGGUGCGGCCGGUGCCGUGAAUGGAGACUACUACGGGCCACUGGUGGUCGUCGCCGUCAUUGCAGCGCUGGCCGUCAUGUCCACGCUAAUACUGCUGCUGAUACUGACGAGGCGUCGGGUGCAGAGUGCUACGAUAACGCCACCGAGGAAGAACGAUGCGGCGUACGACAAUCCCAGCUACAAGGUCGAAAUUCAACAGGAAACGAUGAAUCUAUGAUUCGAGCGUGUCUUGCUUUGAUGGUCACUCUAGCAGCCGGCUGCCAUCCCGGAAGAGGCUGUCCGUUAAACCACAUCGUACCAGCGAACUGCUGCCAAGCGCUAUCGCGAAUCGGUUUUCAUUAUUUAUUACACUGUCCAUCGAUGUGAGACAAACGACGAAAUUCUCCGCUUCCCCGCUUCCGCAGCCCCGAUCGUCCCGUGUGUACAUAGUAGAAAGAUAAUCCGUCCCUCAAGCUCAG